CCUCGUCCUCCUCUCCGUGUUGUUGUUCUCGGUGACGCGGCGGAGGUGUAGCCUGACGCGGUCUCUUACGUGUCGGUCUGAAUAAAAGUGGAGCUCCGUAGACCCGGGAGUGACGAAGCGAGUCUGUGUUGGGCCAACAAAGAGAUCAUGGCGGCGCCUGUUGCAGCAGCAGAGCCUCACAAAAUGAGUCAGUCUCUGCAAGGCUGAGACAUAGGUUUUUUUUAAUUCAGAGCCUUUAAAUGAAGAUGGAAGCCGGUACAGAGGUGCAGCAGAGCGGCGAGGCGGCGGUCUCCGAGUCCGAAGCGCAGCAGAUCACCCUCACCCAGGCGCCCAUCACAGCGGGCCAGGGUCAGGGGGUCACCAUCGUACAGCUACCUAACGGUCAGACGGUGCAGGUCCACGGCGUGAUCCAGGCCGCUCAGCCGUCUGUCAUUCAGUCACCGCAGGUCCAGGCUGUCCAGAUUUCCACCGUGGAGAGCGAGGAUUCGCAGGAGUCUGUAGACAGCGUCACAGAUUCGCAGAAGAGGAGAGAAAUCCUCUCCAGGCGGCCAUCCUACAGGAAGAUCCUGAACGACCUCUCCUCAGACGCUCCCGCUGUGCCCCGGAUCGAGGAGGAGAAGUCAGAGGACGACUCGGGUCCAGCCAUCACCACUGUAACCAUGCCCACUCCCAUCUAUCAGACCAGCAGCGGCCAGUACAUCGCCAUCACUCAGGGCGGGGCCAUCCAGCUGGCCAGUAACGGCACAGACGGCGUGCAGGGCCUGCAGGCGCUCACCAUGGCCAACGCCGCCGCCACGCAGCCCGGGACGACCAUCCUGCAGUACGCUCAGACCAGCGACGGCCAGCAGAUCCUGGUUCCCAGUAACCAGGUGGUGGUUCAAGCUGCUUCAGGCGAUGUCCAGGCCUACCAGAUCCGGACUGCUCCGACCAGCACCAUCAGUCCAGGGGUAGUCAUGGCAACCUCUCCCGCAUUGGGAUCAUCAGGAGGUACAGAGGAAGUAACACGGAAAAGGGAGGUUCGACUGAUGAAGAACAGGGAGGCAGCCCGGGAAUGUCGCAGGAAGAAGAAGGAAUACGUUAAGUGUCUGGAGAACCGGGUGGCCGUGCUGGAGAACCAGAACAAAACCCUCAUCGAGGAACUCAAAGCCCUCAAAGAUUUGUACUGCCACAAAUCGGAGUAGAGGGGGGAGGAGGAGGGGUCCCCAUGUACAGAGACUCAGCUCAGAGCCACGCAUCCAGAGGCCACGCCUCCUUUUCUACUUCCCCCGCUUUCUAAAAAAAACAAACAAACCCAACAAACUGCUGAUUAAUCUGAGCAGGAAUCACUGGGACAGAAUUAGCCCCGCCCCCCCAUUGGUUCCCCUAGAAACAGAGGACAUUUCCAGGAAAGCAUUCCAGUCACUGGUGUCCCAGUUUAAACUGGGACAGAAUCACCAGCAGAGGAUGGAUGAGGGGGGGGUGUAUUUGACCUGUUACCCUGAACUGGAGGUGGGAUGCCAUGUUUUUUUUUUUUUUUUCUGCAUUAAUCUGCCUUUUUAUUUACUUUUUAGGACAAACGGCUAAACAUGAACUCAGCUUUAAACUCAGUAUUAAAACCUUUGUUGUUUUUUUGUUUUGUUCUUAAAGGAAAAUUAAUCUAUUCAGUUUUUAAAAAGACUCAUAAACAGAAUAAAUCAGGGUGAGAAAGUAAAGAUGUUUGCUAACUUAGGAGGCAGAAAGCGGUUAUUCUAGAUGAGUUUUUCUUCUUUUAAAAGGAAAGUGAAUCUAAAAAAAAUGUGCUCACUUUUAUUUUUGCUGUAUUUAGUUGUUUUAUUAAACAAAAGUAAGCAUGUCGGGUUAAAAAUGGCUUUUAUACAUAUGAACUUAACGGUUGGCAAGAGUUUUGAAAACAGGUUCUGAUUUUGACGGAAAAAACUGAGAAAUUGGGGCAAGUUCGAGAAAAAUGGGGAAAAAUGUACAACUUAAAGAAGCGCUAAUGUUUUUUUUUUUUUUACUAAAUCCAUUGAUUGAAACAUUUGCUGCUAAAACCUAGUUUUAAAAUAUAAACAAUUAGUGAAGGUGCAGCGAUAUGAAAAUCUGGGCCAAUAUUUCUAGAUACAAACUGCACUGCCUCACUGUCACAUGAACGGUCCCCGUUCCACUGAUUGGACCGGUACCGAUAUUUUCAAACAGUCCAACAUUAGAGCACCAAUUUUAACACCAAUAAAUCCUAAAUCCCACGGUUUUAAAGGGGUCAUUUCUGUUAUAAACAACCUUUUAGCGAACAAUAUGCCUCGGUUUUUGGGGAAUAUGGGGGGAAAUCUGUUCCAUUAUUGUUGCAAGCAAUAUAUACAAGUUUUUUAAAAGUAAAAUAAU